AGAUCUCUCAAAUCACUCUGCUCCCUUUUACGGAUUUGCUCUGCGAACCAGCUCUCGAAACUCUCCCUUUGUGGAAUUAUCUCAAAUCACCUUCAUCAUGACUCUUGAGGAAGUUCUGAUCCAGAAACCCACCGAGCGUGCCCAGUGCACCGGCCAAGCCCUGGAGGAGGUCCUGGUGUCCGCUAAGGACAACGACUCCCUCACCGUGGGCGUCUACGAGUGCGCUAAAGUUAUGAAUCUUGACCCGGACAGCGUGUCUUUCUGCGUCCUGGCCGUGGAUGAGGAGUUUGAGUGUGACAUCGCUCUGCAGAUCCACUUCACCCUCAUCCAGUCCUUCUGCUUUGACAACGACAUCAGCAUCGUCAGAGUGAGCGACGUGCAGCGUCUGGCUGAGAUUGUUGGCGACAAGGCCGAGCAACUUGAAGAUGCUCACUGCGUCCUCAUCACGAACCCAGCUGAAGGGUCUUGGCAGGACCCCGCUCUGGAGAAGCUGCACCUGUUCUGUGAGGAGAGUCGUCGUCUGAACGACUGGGUUCCCGAGAUCAGCCUCCCCGAGCGCUGAUCUGGGGCUCGGCUCCUCUCUUGCUCAGAUGCUGUGAAGCUUCUUAUAUGGAAAUACUCAUCCUAAUGAACAGGAUGACCCUGUUUCUUCUCAUCCCUGGAUACUCCUGAGGAGGAUUCCCGUCCAGGCAGCACGGCGCCGGCCCGAGUGGCCCCCCGUGAUUCGUCGCCUCUUGUCCCGUCCAUGCCAAGAUGACUCUCAUUCUUUAUGUGAAUGAGGUCAGGUAUGCCACAAGAGCGACACAUCGACCCUCAUUCUUUGUGCGGAUGAGGUUUGGAGAGGAAGGAGAAGCGACUUCUGCGUCCUGUGGCUCCCACAGAGCAAAAGUCGCAUCUUGAAGCACGCGCAGUAGGAGAAGAAGCGGUGCUGAGAAAGAGGCGUUUUUAAAAAGGACUUUUUAAAGAUGGCUUCUUUGCUGAGCAACAUAACAACAGUUGCAAUCAGCGGAAAUGUUUCCCACUUUCCAGAAUUGUCUUAAUUCUCUAAAGGUUUCACUUUAGAAGUUUAACAAUGACAAAAAAAUAUUAUUUAAAAUCUUAAAAAAAAGAAGAAGAAAUGAAAUAAAGUCAGCUCUCUAAAGGUUUCACUUUAGGAAACGACUGAAUUAAGUUAAUGUUCAAAAAGAAAGAGAAUUUGUAUUUUUAGACUCUUGAUUCUAUAGAAUACUGAAUUGUUAAAGUAUAAAGUGAUCAGAUUUAUGUCUUGAUCCUGUUGGAAAAAUAUUGGAAAAAAAACGUAUUUAUAUCUGACAGUUAAAGAAAUUGUUGGAGAUUGUGAAAAAUGUGAAAAAUGAUCAAUAAAAGUUCCAAAA